ACAGCUUUUAAUUAGCAUUGUUAUUAAAAAAACUAAAAACCAUUUAAUUAGUAUUGUUAUUAAAUCGUGAAUUAAAUUGAUUAAUUUUUAUUCAAAAAGAAAUACGGACUGCAGUUUGUACGUGACAGUAAUAAGACAUACAUAAUAUUGCAGAAUAAAAUGUGAAUAAUUUUGGCUAGCAUCCAAAAUUGCGAGUAAAUCGGAUCGUUACUGCGCAGGCUUCCACGACUUUGUUAAUUCAGUCAACAUUCUGUUAUAAAUUUGAUCUAAGGAAAACAUCGUCAGUCCUAAGUAUGUUGUUCGUCGCAUGUAUUCUGCAUAAUGUUCAAGAAUUGCUACAUGAGAGACACUAAGAUGCUACCUUCAAAUGAUAUCGAGAAUUUGUUUCCGGUCAGGAGAACUAUGCGUCACGAGGCCACUCGUUGUUAGAACGUAUACCACGAAUGAUGGAUUUUACCCACAUAAUUUCGAACACGCAAAAUGUGGGAAGUUGUUGAAAUCGGAAUUUUACCAUGAUAAAAACAAAAAUGAAAUACCGAAUAAUAUGGGAGGCGACCACGAAGCGAAUUACUAUACCAAUUGCGACUCCUCGGUAUGGAUGAGGAGUUGCGAAAAAGAAGUAAUCGAACCUCUACAAUCGACAGAGAUCACCGGUAACAUUCCCAAGUGGUUAAAGGGCACUCUGCUGCGAAACGGUCCAGGCAAUCUAAAAGUGGGCGAAUAUCACUUUCAGCAUCUCUUCGACAGCUCCGCCUUGCUGCAUAAAUUUGGUAUCGCAGACGGAAAAGUCACCUAUCAGCGACGAUUCGUCGAGACCGAAGUGUACAAGAGAAACAUGGCAGCUCAGAGAAUAGUUUUCAAUGAAUUCGGUACCUCUGCAACGCCGGAUCCUUGUCAUACUAUAUUUCGCAGAGUUGCCGCGAUAUUCAAUCCGAAUCAAACGCUCUCAGACAAUUCCAUGAUUUCGAUAUAUCCCUUCGGUGACGAAUAUUACACGUUCACGGAAGCACCAGUGAUGCAUAGAAUCGAUCCGAAGAAUUUAGAGACGAUGGGCAGGAUAAAUGUGUCAAAAUAUGUCAACAUUGUAAAUCACACUUCACAUCCUCAUGUUAUGACCGACGGUACGGUUUAUAAUGUGGGCCUAAGUAUAACGCCGAUGGGACCUCGAUAUAAUAUUGUGUGCUUCUAUCCUAGCCGCGUGAUCAUUGAUGAUUCCGGAGAAGAAAAAGAACUCUCCAUGUUUGAUCAAGCGACAAUAGUAGGCGGCGUGCCUAGCAGGUGGUUAUUGAAUCCAUCGUACAUGCACACUUUUGGCAUCACCGAGAAUUUCUUUAUCAUUGUUGAACAACCACUAGCGAUUUCCUUCGCAAGGAUGACUAUGAACCACUUCAAGCAAGAACCGAUGAUAAACACAUUCAAAUGGUAUGAAGAUGAAAACACACUUAUCCACGUGAUCUCAAGGGAGACGGGUCAGAUGGUGACGACAUUCGUUGCGGAGACUUUUUUCUAUCUCCACAUCAUCAAUCAGUUUGAGACUCGUGAUAGGGAGUACAUCGUGCUGGAUAUAUGUUGUUAUCGAAACCCGAAGAUGUUGGAGUAUAUGUACAUCAAUGCGAUGAAGAAUAUGCAUGGGGAUGCAGAUUAUUCGAGGCUGUUCCGCGCUAGGCCGCUGCGUUUUGUACUUCCAAUGGGAAAGCCGAGCCCGAAUACAUCACCAAAGUGCAAUCUCAUCACGAUUAAGAUGGUGCAUCAGAGCUUGAAAGUGUUCCGUGAUGUCGAUGGCGGAUCUGAUUGUAAAACGGAUUACAAGAUCAACGACAAUGAAGACGACGUUAAAUAUAAUGACAAAGCCGAGUACUGGCGAAAGGAGCACAGAAGCGUUCUACAGAAGAAAUCGUCUGCUCAUCGACUACCCGACGGCAGGAUCUUAGUGAAACCCGAGCUUCUCUGUGAUGUCGGUUGCGAGACUCCACGGAUAAACACGGACUCCUACCUCGGUAGAGAAUAUCGAUACUUUUAUGCAAUCUCCUGCGACAUGGAUCUCGAUAAUCCCGGGACGCUCAUCAAAGUCGACACACUUCGAAAGACUAAGAAAAUGUGGUCGGAAAAAGGUGUUUACCCUAGCGAGCCAAUUUUCGUGCCGGAUCCCAAUGGAAAGAACGAGGACGAUGGCGUAGUCGUGAGUUCGCUUGUCUGGACGGAAAGAGAGACCCAAGUCGGCCUGUUAAUCUUGGACGCUGUGACAUUUACAGAAAUCGCGAGGGCUACUUUUGACACACCCGGACCAGUGCCUAAAUGUUUGCACGGCUGGUUCAGUCUGGAUAAAUAAUCGAAUGCGAAAGAAACUAUUAAACAAACAUAUAGUAUUUUCUAAUUGAGCGGAGAAAGACUAUUAAUCCAGUUUAAUCUCUUUGUUGCGAUUUAACUUAUUUUUUUAUCUCCUUUUAAUUUUAAAAAAUUAGAAAAAAUAAAAAGUAAAUUAACC